AUGAUGCCUUGGGCUCACAUCGCCCCUUUCACGGUCGGGGUUCUCUCGCACACCCUAUACUUCAACCAUGGAGAGCAUCACCUGUGGGUCGUUUUCUACAUCAAAGUCUUUCUCACAAUCUAUCUGUCCAUGCUACUGUGCAUCCACUACCAAUCCCACCAAGACCUCUUCUCCUCCUUCAUUCAAGCGUCCCAAAACGAGGGUAUCUUCCUCUCCGGCCUCUACGGCGCUACCUUCUUCUAUCGCAUCUUCCUCCAUCCCCUCAAUUCAUUCCCCGGUCCUCUCGGCUGUAGGCUUUCCAGCUUCUCCCUCCCCAUAAUCUUCCGACAUGGCGAUGGGUUUCGCCAGGUCCAGAAGCUGCACGAUCAACACGGCUCAUUUGUCCGUCUCCGACCGAACUACCUAUCCAUCGCACACCCCAAGGCCGUCAAUCUGAUCUACGGAUCCGGGUCCAAGUGCACAAAAGCAGCCUGGUACGAUCUAAACCACCCCACGAUGUCACUGCAGACGCUGCGCGAUAGGAAGGCUCAUGACGAGCGACGGCGUGUCUGGAGCGUCGCAUUCAGCGACAAGGCGCUCCGCGGGUAUGAGCAGCGACUUCGAGUCUAUCGAGAUCAGUUGAUGGAGUACCUGGCUUCCCAGGCAGAGAGCAACCAGGGGGACUCGAAAGGGCGACCGGUCAAUGUCACCAAAUGGUUCAGCCUGUAUAACUUUGACUUCAUGGGCGACCUUGCGUUUGGGAAAUCGUUCAACAUGCUGGAUACGAGUCAGGAGCACUGGGCUGUCCGGUUGAUGAAGGAUGCGAUGGUGCCCCUUGGGCUUGGGCUUCCUACCUGGUUCUUUCGAGUCGUCAUGGCCAUUCCGUUCCUGUCGCGGGACUGGUGGCGGCUGAAUAUCUUUGCUGAGGAGAGGAUGGAGAAACGAAUGGAGACACAAGUAGAGAUUCCAGACAUCGCGUCCGCCCUUCAAGCACCCCUCCAGGGGAAGAAGCCCACCCGAGAACAAACCGAUAUACUACGAGGAGAUGCAAAGUUGAUCGUUGUAGCAGGCAGUGACACAACGGCAACCACUCUCUCCGCUGCGGUGUACCAGCUCGUGCAACAUCCCGAGCAUAUCCAGCGAAUCCGCGAAGAACUCGCCCCCUACAUAACCGACCCGUCCGGCGAGGUGUUGCACGAGAAAAUAUCCCACCUCCCUCAUCUCAACGCCAUCAUCAACGAGACACUGCGCCUGCACCCGCCCGUCCCUGCGGAGAUACAGCGAAAAACGCCCCCCGAAGGCAUUACCAUCGACGGAGUUUAUGUUCCAGGGAACGUUGACGUGAUGUGUCCCCAGUAUGUAAUUGGGCGGAGCGAAGAGGCUUACGAGCGAUCGUUGGAGUUCAUCCCCGAGCGCUGGUACUUGUACCCAGAGAUGAUCAGGGAGAAAAGCUGUUUCGCGCCUUUUUCCAUAGGUCCCUACGGCUGUAUCGGCAAACCAUUGGCCUUACUCAACAUUCGCACCACCUUAGCUCGACUGGUCACGAUGUUCGAUUUCGAGUUCGCUCCGGGAGAGGAUGGGAAGGCGUUUGAAGCGACGGCGAAGGAUUGUUUCACGAUGGGUUUUGGAGAUUUGCAGAUCUUAUUCCGGGAGCGAGCUGUAUAAGUAGGUAAAGAGAUGAUUAAUCAAACAAAU